CGGUGAUGGUGUACCUGAAGGACGUAGAAAAACGUCUUGAUGUGGCGGUCCAAGAUUGCUGGGCUUACGGAGAACCUGAAUUCACAGAUCCAGAUACGCCCAGCCUUCAGCUCACAUCCUCUGAUGGCUGCCCAACGAGGAUGAAAUUAAUGCACUUCUGGUCUCGGACCUACGACACUUACGACACCGGUGCGACCCUAAUCGCAUUCACCAACAUGUCCGCCUUUAAAUUCCGGACCGCAUGCAAGUUUACCUCACGUGUAACGUACAGAUCUGUACAGAACACUGUGAUAACCGCUGUAUAGGGGAGCCCAGCGAACCUGUGACCUUCGCAACACCACCAGAUAUCAUCAGAGUUACUACGCCUUUAACACCGACGCGGCCACCACCACCACCUCCUUUAUGUUACCCUGGAUCCAAGGAUCCUCGUUGUCCACCAAGUGCAAUAAAACCUAUAUGUGUUCCAGGAUCUAAAGACCCAGCAUGCAGACCUGUAGGUCCACCUAGACCUCAAUGUUAUCCAGGCUCAAAAGACCCAUCAUGCAAACCCGUGAUCACUAAACCUCCUGAAAUUCUUCCACCAAUUACUCAAAAACCAAAAUGUGUACCAGGGUCUAAAGACCCACGAUGCCCGAAACCAACUACACCCGUUCCAUCAACUUGUUUUCCUGGAACAAAGGAUCCACGUUGCCCUAAACCAACAACUCUACGACCUACUAGACCAACUACUAAACUUACCUGCAGACCAGGAUCCAAAGACCCUCGUUGCCCGCAACCAACUACGCCCAGUCCACCAACCUGCUAUCCUGGAUCAUUCGAUCCUCGUUGUCCUCGACCAACAACACCACGACCUACUCUUCCACCAACUACUCCAUUUACUUGCAGACCAGGAUCCAAAGAUCCUCGCUGCCCUCCAACAACUACGCCCCGUCCACCAACUUGUUAUCCUGGAUCACUGGAUCCACGUUGUCCUCAACCAACAACACCACGACCUACUCUUCCACCAACCACUCCAUUUACAUGCAGACCAGGAUCCAAAGAUCCUCGCUGCCCACAACCAACUACUCCCAGUAAACCAUCUUGUUAUCCUGGAUCAUUGGAUCCACGUUGUCCUCAACCAACAACACCACGACCUACUUUUCCACCAACUACUCCAUUUACCUGCAGACCAGGAUCCAAAGACCCUCGUUGCCCGCUGCCAUCUACGCCCCGUCCACCAACUUGCUAUCCUGGAUCAUUCGAUCCUCGUUGUCCUCAACCAACAACGCCACGACCUACUCUUCCACCAACUACUCCAUUUACUUGCAGACCAGGAUCCAAAGAUCCUCGCUGCCCUCAACCAAUUACGCCCCGUCCACCAACUUGUUAUCCUGGAUCACUGGAUCCACGUUGUCCUCAACCAACAACACCACGACCUACUCUUCCACCAACCACUCCACUUACCUGCAGACCAGGAUCCAAAGAUCCUCGCUGCCCACAACCAACUACUCCCGGUAAACCAUCUUGUUAUCCUGGAUCACUGGAUCCACGUUGUCCUAAACCAACAACAACAUCACGACCUACUUUUCCACCAACUACUCCAUUUACCUGCAGACCAGGAUCCAAAGACCCUCGUUGCCCGCAGCCAACUACACCCCGUCCACCAACCUGCUUUCCUGGAUCAUUCGAUCCUCGUUGUCCUCAACCAACAACACCAAGACCUACUCUUCCACCAACUACUCCAUUUACCUGCAGACCAGGAUCCAAAGAUCCUCGGUGCCCACAACCAACUACUCCCAGUAAACCAUCUUGUUAUCCUGGAUCACUGGAUCCGCGUUGUCCUCAACCAACAACACCACGACCUCCUCUUCCACCAACUACUCCAUUUAAAUGCAGACAAGGAUCCAAAGACCCUCGUUGCCCGCAGCCAACUACGAGCCGUCCACCAACCUGCUAUCCUGGAUCAUUCGAUCCUCGUUGUCCUCAACCAACAACACCAAGACCUACUCUUCCACCAACUACUCCAUUUACCUGCAGGCCAGGAUCCAAAGAUCCUCGGUGCCCACAACCAACUACUCCCAGUAAACCAUCUUGUUAUCCUGGAUCACUGGAUCCACUUUGUUCUCAACCAACAACACCACGACCUCCUCUUCCACCAACUACUCCAUUUACGUGCAGACCUGGAUCCAAAGAUCCUCGCUGCCCACAACCAAUUACUCCAAGUAAACCAACUUGUUAUCCUGGAUCAUUCGAUCCUCGUUGUCCUCAACCAACAACGCCACGACCUACUCUUCCACCAACUACUCCAUUUUCCUGCAGACCAGGAUCCAAAGAUCCUCGUUGCCCACAGACAACUCCCCCUCGUGAUUCUCCUUGUUACCCUGGAUCACUGGAGCCACAUUGUCUUCAACCAGCAACUACUCGGCCUACUAGACCAACUAAGCCAAUCCGUCCAACAACUUGCUAUCCUGGAUCAUUUGAUCCUCGUUGUCCUAAACCAACAACACCACGACCAAUUCCUCCACCAACUACUCCAUUUACCUGCAGACCAGGAUCCAAAGACCCACGCUGCCCUCAGCCAACUACGCCGCGUCCACAAACUUGUUAUCCUGGAUCACUGGAUCCUCGUUGUCCUCAACCAACAACACCCCGACCUACUUUUCCACCAACUACUCCAUUUACCUGCAGACCAGGAUCCAAAGAUCCUCGCUGCCCACAACCAACUACUCCCGGUAAACCAACUUGUUAUCCUGGAUCAUUCGAUCCUCGUUGCCCGAAACCAACAACACCUCGACCUACUCUUCCACCAACUACCCCAUUUACCUGCAGACCAGGAUCCAAAGACCCACGCUGCCCUCAACCAACUACUCCCAGUAAACCAUCUUGUUAUCCUGGAUCACUGGAUCCGCGUUGUCCUCAACCAACACCACCACAACCUACUCUUCCACCAACUACUCCAUUUACCUGCAGACCAGGAUCCAAAGAUCCUCGUUGCCCACAACCAACUACGCCCCGUCCACCAACUUGUUAUCCUGGAUCAUUCGAUCCUCGUUGUCCUCAACCAACAACCCCACGACCUACUCUUCCACCAACUACCCCAUUUACCUGCAGACCAGGAUCCAAAGACCCACGCUGCCCUCAACCAACUACGCCCCGUCCACCAACUUGUUAUCCUGGAUCAUUCGAUCCUCGUUGUCCUCAACCAACAACCCCACGACCUACUCUUCCACCAACUACCCCAUUUACCUGCAGACCAGGAUCCAAAGACCCACGCUGCCCUCAACCAACUAGGCCCCGUCCACCAACUUGUUAUCCUGGAUCAUUCGAUCCUCGUUGUCCUCAACCAACAACACCACGACCUACUCUUCCACCAACUACCCCAUUUACCUGCAGACCAGGAUCCAAAGACCCACGCUGUCCUCAACCAACUACGCCCCGUCCACCAACUUGUUAUCCUGGAUCAUUCGAUCCUCGUUGUCCUCAACCAACAAGGCCACGACCUACUGUUCCACCAACUACUCCAUUUACAUGCAGACCAGGAUCCAAAGACCCACGCUGUCCUCAACCAACUACGCCCCGUCCACCAACUUGUUAUCCUGGAUCAUUCGAUCCUCGCUGUCCUCAACCAACAACGCCACGACCUACUCUUCCACCAACCACCCCAUUUACCUGCAGACCAGGAUCCAAAGACCCACGCUGCCCUCAACCAACUACGCCACGUCCACCAACUUGUUAUCCUGGGUCGUUCGAUCCUCGUUGUCCUCAACCAACAACACCACGACCUACUCUUCCACCAACUACCCCAUUUACCUGCAGACCAGGAUCCAAAGACCCACGCUGUCCUCAACCAACUACGCCCCGUCCACCAACUUGUUAUCCUGGAUCAUUCGAUCCUCGUUGUCCUCAACCAACAAGGCCACGACCUACUGUUCCACCAACUACUCCAUUUACAUGCAGACCAGGAUCCAAAGACCCACGCUGUCCUCAACCAACUACGCCCCGUCCACCAACUUGUUAUCCUGGAUCAUUCGAUCCUCGCUGUCCUCAACCAACAACGCCACGACCUACUCUUCCACCAACCACCCCAUUUACCUGCAGACCAGGAUCCAAAGACCCACGCUGCCCUCAACCAACUACGCCACGUCCACCAACU